AUGUCAGGACGUGGAAAGCUGGGAGGCAAGACUCGCGCCAAGGCCAAGUCGCGCUCGUCCCGCGCUGGCCUUCAGUUCCCGGUGGGCCGAGUCCACCGCCUUCUCCGCAGAGGGAACUAUGCCGAGAGGGUGGGGGCCGGCGCGCCAGUUUAUAUGGCGGCGGUGCUAGAGUACCUGACGGCGGAAAUAUUGGAGCUGGCAGGCAACGCUGCCCGCGACAACAAGAAGACGCGCAUUAUUCCUCGCCAUUUGCAACUGGCCGUGAGAAAUGAUGAAGAACUCAACAAGUUACUCGGGGGUGUCACUAUUGCCCAGGGCGGCGUCUUGCCAAAUAUCCAAGCUGUCUUGUUGCCCAAAAAAACGGAGAGCCACAAACCUGGCAAGAAGUAG